AUGUCCGUGUAUCGGUGUCAUGCGUGUCAGUGUCCAUGUCGCAUGUCCGUGUCGCGUCUCCGUCUAUCGGUGUCAUGCGUGUCAGUGUCCAUGUCGCGUGUCCGUGUCGCGUGUCCGUGUAUCGGUGUCAUGUGUGUCAGUGUCCAUGUCGCGUGUCCGUGUCGCGUGUCCGUGUAUCGGUGUCAUGCGUGUCAGUGUCCAUGUCGCAUGUCCGUGUCGCGUCUCCGUCUAUCGGUGUCAUGCGUGUCAGUGUCCAUGUCACGUGUCCUGUCAGUGUCGUGUGUCCGUGUCGCGUGUCUGUGUUUCGGUGUCAUGCGUGUCAGUGUCCAUGUCACGUGUCCUGUCAGGGUCGCGUGUCCGUGUCGCGUGUCCAUGUUUCGGUGUCAUGCGUGUCAGGGUCCAUGUCACGUGUCCUGUCAGUGUCGUGUGUCCGUGUCGCGUGUCUGUGUUUCGGUGUCAUGCGUGUCAGUGUCCAUGUCACGUGUCCUGCCAGCGUCGCGUGUCCGUGUCGCGUGUCCAUGUUUCGGUGUCAUGCGUGUCAGGGUCCAUGUCACGUGUCCUGUCAGUGUCGUGUGUCCGUGUCGCGUGUCUGUGUAUCGGUGUCAUGCGUGUCAGUGUCCAUGUCGCAUGUCCGUGUCGCGUGUCCGUGUAUCGGUGUCAUGUGUGUCAGUGUCCAUGUCGCGUGUCCAUGUCUGUCAGUGUCGCGUGUCCGUGUCGUGUGUCCGGGUAUCGGUGUAUUGCGUGUCAGUGUCCAUGUCGCCUGUCCGUGUCUGUCAGUGUCACGCGUCCGUGUCUGUCAGUGUCAUGUGUCUGUGUAUCGGUGUCAUGCAUGUCAGGGUCCAUGUCACGUGUCCUGUCAGUGUCGUGUGUCCGUGUCGCGUGUCUGUGUAUCGGUGUCAUGCGUGUCAGUGUCCAUGUCGCAUGUCCGUGUCGCGUGUCCGUGUAUCGGUGUCAUGUGUGUCAGUGUCCAUGUCGCGUGUCCAUGUCUGUCAGUGUCGCGUGUCCGUGUCGUGUGUCCGGGUAUCGGUGUAUUGCGUGUCAGUGUCCAUGUCGCCUGUCCGUGUCUGUCAGUGUCACGCGUCCGUGUCUGUCAGUGUCAUGUGUCUGUGUAUCGGUGUCAUGCAUGUCAGGGUCCAUGUCACGUGUCCUGUCAGUGUCGUGUGUCCGUGUCGCGUGUCUGUGUAUCGGUGUCAUGCGUGUCAGUGUCCAUGUCGCAUGUCCGUGUCGCGUGUCCGUGUAUCGGUGUCAUGUGUGUCAGUGUCCAUGUCGCGUGUCCAUGUCUGUCAGUGUCGCGUGUCCGUGUCGUGUGUCCGGGUAUCGGUGUAUUGCGUGUCAGUGUCCAUGUCGCCUGUCCGUGUCUGUCAGUGUCACGCGUCCGUGUCUGUCAGUGUCAUGUGUCUGUGUAUCGGUGUCAUGCAUGUCAGGGUCCAUGUCACGUGUCCUGUCAGUGUCGUGUGUCCGUGUCGCGUGUCUGUGUAUCGGUGUCAUGCGUGUCAGUGUCCAUGUCGCAUGUCCGUGUCGCGUGUCCGUGUAUCGGUGUCAUGUGUGUCAGUGUCCAUGUCGCGUGUCCAUGUCUGUCAGUGUCGCGUGUCCGUGUCGUGUGUCCGGGUAUCGGUGUAUUGCGUGUCAGUGUCCAUGUCGCCUGUCCGUGUCUGUCAGUGUCACGCGUCCGUGUCUGUCAGUGUCAUGUGUCUGUGUAUCGGUGUCAUGCAUGUCAGGGUCCAUGUCACGUGUCCUGUCAGUGUCGUGUGUCCGUGUCGCGUGUCUGUGUAUCGGUGUCAUGCGUGUCAGUGUCCAUGUCGCAUGUCCGUGUCGCGUGUCCGUGUAUCGGUGUCAUGUGUGUCAGUGUCCAUGUCGCGUGUCCAUGUCUGUCAGUGUCGCGUGUCCGUGUCGUGUGUCCGGGUAUCGGUGUAUUGCGUGUCAGUGUCCAUGUCGCCUGUCCGUGUCUGUCAGUGUCACGCGUCCGUGUCUGUCAGUGUCAUGUGUCUGUGUAUCGGUGUCAUGCAUGUCAGGGUCCAUGUCACGUGUCCUGUCAGUGUCGUGUGUCCGUGUCGCGUGUCUGUGUAUCGGUGUCAUGCGUGUCAGUGUCCAUGUCGCAUGUCCGUGUCGCGUGUCCGUGUAUCGGUGUCAUGUGUGUCAGUGUCCAUGUCGCGUGUCCAUGUCUGUCAGUGUCGCGUGUCCGUGUCGUGUGUCCGGGUAUCGGUGUAUUGCGUGUCAGUGUCCAUGUCGCCUGUCCGUGUCUGUCAGUGUCACGCGUCCGUGUCUGUCAGUGUCAUGUGUCUGUGUAUCGGUGUCAUGCAUGUCAGGGUCCAUGUCACGUGUCCUGUCAGUGUCGUGUGUCCGUGUCGCGUGUCUGUGUAUCGGUGUCAUGCGUGUCAGUGUCCAUGUCGCAUGUCCGUGUCGCGUGUCCGUGUAUCGGUGUCAUGUGUGUCAGUGUCCAUGUCGCGUGUCCAUGUCUGUCAGUGUCGCGUGUCCGUGUCGUGUGUCCGGGUAUCGGUGUAUUGCGUGUCAGUGUCCAUGUCGCCUGUCCGUGUCUGUCAGUGUCACGCGUCCGUGUCUGUCAGUGUCAUGUGUCUGUGUAUCGGUGUCAUGCAUGUCAGGGUCCAUGUCACGUGUCCUGUCAGUGUCGUGUGUCCGUGUCGCGUGUCUGUGUAUCGGUGUCAUGCGUGUCAGUGUCCAUGUCGCAUGUCCGUGUCGCGUGUCCGUGUAUCGGUGUCAUGUGUGUCAGUGUCCAUGUCGCGUGUCCAUGUCUGUCAGUGUCGCGUGUCCGUGUCGUGUGUCCGGGUAUCGGUGUAUUGCGUGUCAGUGUCCAUGUCGCCUGUCCGUGUCUGUCAGUGUCACGCGUCCGUGUCUGUCAGUGUCAUGUGUCUGUGUAUCGGUGUCAUGCAUGUCAGGGUCCAUGUCACGUGUCCUGUCAGUGUCGUGUGUCCGUGUCGCGUGUCUGUGUAUCGGUGUCAUGCGUGUCAGUGUCCAUGUCGCAUGUCCGUGUCGCGUGUCCGUGUAUCGGUGUCAUGUGUGUCAGUGUCCAUGUCGCGUGUCCAUGUCUGUCAGUGUCGCGUGUCCGUGUCGUGUGUCCGGGUAUCGGUGUAUUGCGUGUCAGUGUCCAUGUCGCCUGUCCGUGUCUGUCAGUGUCACGCGUCCGUGUCUGUCAGUGUCAUGUGUCUGUGUAUCGGUGUCAUGCAUGUCAGGGUCCAUGUCACGUGUCCUGUCAGUGUCGUGUGUCCGUGUCGCGUGUCUGUGUAUCGGUGUCAUGCGUGUCAGUGUCCAUGUCGCAUGUCCGUGUCGCGUGUCCGUGUAUCGGUGUCAUGUGUGUCAGUGUCCAUGUCGCGUGUCCAUGUCUGUCAGUGUCGCGUGUCCGUGUCGUGUGUCCGGGUAUCGGUGUAUUGCGUGUCAGUGUCCAUGUCGCCUGUCCGUGUCUGUCAGUGUCACGCGUCCGUGUCUGUCAGUGUCAUGUGUCUGUGUAUCGGUGUCAUGCAUGUCAGGGUCCAUGUCACGUGUCCUGUCAGUGUCGUGUGUCCGUGUCGCGUGUCUGUGUAUCGGUGUCAUGCGUGUCAGUGUCCAUGUCGCAUGUCCGUGUCGCGUGUCCGUGUAUCGGUGUCAUGUGUGUCAGUGUCCAUGUCGCGUGUCCAUGUCUGUCAGUGUCGCGUGUCCGUGUCGUGUGUCCGGGUAUCGGUGUAUUGCGUGUCAGUGUCCAUGUCGCCUGUCCGUGUCUGUCAGUGUCACGCGUCCGUGUCUGUCAGUGUCAUGUGUCUGUGUAUCGGUGUCAUGCAUGUCAGGGUCCAUGUCACGUGUCCUGUCAGUGUCGUGUGUCCGUGUCGCGUGUCUGUGUAUCGGUGUCAUGCGUGUCAGUGUCCAUGUCGCAUGUCCGUGUCGCGUGUCCGUGUAUCGGUGUCAUGUGUGUCAGUGUCCAUGUCGCGUGUCCAUGUCUGUCAGUGUCGCGUGUCCGUGUCGUGUGUCCGGGUAUCGGUGUAUUGCGUGUCAGUGUCCAUGUCGCCUGUCCGUGUCUGUCAGUGUCACGCGUCCGUGUCUGUCAGUGUCAUGUGUCUGUGUAUCGGUGUCAUGCAUGUCAGGGUCCAUGUCACGUGUCCUGUCAGUGUCGUGUGUCCGUGUCGCGUGUCUGUGUAUCGGUGUCAUGCGUGUCAGUGUCCAUGUCGCAUGUCCGUGUCGCGUGUCCGUGUAUCGGUGUCAUGUGUGUCAGUGUCCAUGUCGCGUGUCCAUGUCUGUCAGUGUCGCGUGUCCGUGUCGUGUGUCCGGGUAUCGGUGUAUUGCGUGUCAGUGUCCAUGUCGCCUGUCCGUGUCUGUCAGUGUCACGCGUCCGUGUCUGUCAGUGUCAUGUGUCUGUGUAUCGGUGUCAUGCAUGUCAGGGUCCAUGUCACGUGUCCUGUCAGUGUCGUGUGUCCGUGUCGCGUGUCUGUGUAUCGGUGUCAUGCGUGUCAGUGUCCAUGUCGCAUGUCCGUGUCGCGUGUCCGUGUAUCGGUGUCAUGUGUGUCAGUGUCCAUGUCGCGUGUCCAUGUCUGUCAGUGUCGCGUGUCCGUGUCGUGUGUCCGGGUAUCGGUGUAUUGCGUGUCAGUGUCCAUGUCGCCUGUCCGUGUCUGUCAGUGUCACGCGUCCGUGUCUGUCAGUGUCAUGUGUCUGUGUAUCGGUGUCAUGCAUGUCAGGGUCCAUGUCACGUGUCCUGUCAGUGUCGUGUGUCCGUGUCGCGUGUCUGUGUAUCGGUGUCAUGCGUGUCAGUGUCCAUGUCGCAUGUCCGUGUCGCGUGUCCGUGUAUCGGUGUCAUGUGUGUCAGUGUCCAUGUCGCGUGUCCAUGUCUGUCAGUGUCGCGUGUCCGUGUCGUGUGUCCGGGUAUCGGUGUAUUGCGUGUCAGUGUCCAUGUCGCCUGUCCGUGUCUGUCAGUGUCACGCGUCCGUGUCUGUCAGUGUCAUGUGUCUGUGUAUCGGUGUCAUGCAUGUCAGGGUCCAUGUCACGUGUCCUGUCAGUGUCGUGUGUCCGUGUCGCGUGUCUGUGUAUCGGUGUCAUGCGUGUCAGUGUCCAUGUCGCAUGUCCGUGUCGCGUCUCCGUCUAUCGGUGUCAUGCGUGUCAGUGUCCAUGUCGCGUGUCCGUGUCGCGUGUCCGUGUAUCGGUGUCAUGUGUGUCAGUGUCCAUGUCGCGUGUCCAUGUCUGUCAGUGUCGCGUGUCCGUGUUGUGUGUCCGGGUAUCGGUGUAUUGCGUGUCAGUGUCCAUGUCGCCUGUCCGUGUCUGUCAGUGUCACGCGUCCGUGUCUGUCAGUGUCAUGUGUCUGUGUAUCGGUGUCAUGCAUGUCAGGGUCCAUGUCACGUGUCCUGUCAGUGUCGUGUGUCCGUGUCGCGUGUCUGUGUAUCGGUGUCAUGCGUGUCAGUGUCCAUGUCGCAUGUCCGUGUCGCGUCUCCGUCUAUCGGUGUCAUGCGUGUCAGUGUCCAUGUCGCGUGUCCGUGUCGCGUGUCCGUGUAUCGGUGUCAUGUGUGUCAGUGUCCAUGUCGCGUGUCCAUGUCUGUCAGUGUCGCGUGUCCGUGUCGUGUGUCCGGGUAUCGGUGUAUUGCGUGUCAGUGUCCAUGUCGCCUGUCCGUGUCUGUCAGUGUCACGCGUCCGUGUCUGUCAGUGUCAUGUGUCUGUGUAUCGGUGUCAUGCAUGUCAGGGUCCAUGUCACGUGUCCUGUCAGCGUCGCGUGUCCGUGUAUCGGUGUCAUGCAUGUCAGGGUCCAUGUCACGUGUCCUGUCAGCGUCGCGUGUCCGUGUAUCGGUGUCAUGCAUGUCAGGGUCCAUGUCACGUGUCCUGUCAGCGUCGCGUGUCCGUGUAUCGGUGUCAUGCAUGUCAGGGUCCAUGUCACGUGUCCUGUCAGCGUCGCGUGUCCGUGUAUCGGUGUCAUGCAUGUCAGGGUCCAUGUCACGUGUCCUGUCAGCGUCGCGUGUCCGUGUAUCGGUGUCAUGCAUGUCAGGGUCCAUGUCACGUGUCCUGUCAGCGUUGCGUGUCCGUGCCGCGUGUCCGUGUUUCGGUGUCAUGCGUGUCAGGGUCCAUGUCACGUGUCCUGUCAGCGUUGCGUGUCCGUGCCGCGUGUCCGUGUUUCGGUGUCAUGCGUGUCAGGGUCCAUGUCACGUGUCCUGUCAGCGUUGCGUGUCCGUGCCGCGUGUCCGUGUUUCGGUGUCAUGCGUGUCAGUGUCCAUGUCGCCUGUCCGUGUGUCAGUGCUGUCUGUCGCGUGCCCAGGGGUCAGUGUCGAGAGGAGGCGCUCGGCCAGGCGGAGUGGGGCGCAGGGAGUUAAAUUUUUAGAAGUUAUUAAACCAUUCUGUGCAGUUUUACCUGAGAUCCAGAAACCAGAAAGGAAGAUCCAGUUCAGAGAGAAGGUACUAUGGACGGCUAUCACACUCUUCAUUUUCUUAGUAUGCUGCCAGAUACCUUUGUUUGGAAUCAUGUCAUCAGACUCUGCAGAUCCUUUCUAUUGGAUGCGAGUCAUUCUUGCAUCAAACAGAGGUACGUUGAUGGAAUUGGGUAUUUCACCCAUUGUGACAUCUGGUUUGAUAAUGCAGCUGCUAGCUGGAGCAAAAAUCAUUGAAGUUGGUGAUACUCCAAAAGACAGAGCCUUGUUCAAUGGAGCCCAGAAAUUAUUUGGGAUGAUUAUUACNNGAGGCAUGGAAUUAAUUCGCGACUUGAAUUAUGCUUGUUUCUGCUCUGUUUUGUUUCUUUUCCUACAGCUGUUUGUUGCUGGUUUGAUUGUGCUGCUGUUAGAUGAGUUGCUACAGAAAGGUUACGGCUUGGGGUCUGGUAUUUCCCUGUUUAUUGCUACCAAUAUCUGUGAAACUAUUGUCUGGAAGGCUUUUAGUCCCACUACGAUUAACACUGGUAGAGGAACGGAGUUUGAGGGUGCUGUGAUUGCAUUAUUUCAUCUUCUGGCCACACGAACGGACAAAGUCCGUGCUUUGCGGGAGGCCUUCUACCGACAGAAUUUGCCCAAUCUGAUGAAUCUGAUUGCUACAGUAUUUGUGUUUGCAGUAGUCAUAUAUUUCCAGGGAUUUCGUGUUGAUUUACCUAUCAAGUCUGCACGAUAUCGUGGACAAUACAGCAGCUAUCCUAUCAAGCUCUUUUAUACCUCUAACAUUCCCAUCAUUCUGCAAUCUGCCUUAGUUUCAAACCUCUAUGUUAUAUCUCAGAUGCUGUCUGUUCGUUUCAGUGGCAACUUCUUGGUGAACUUAUUAGGACAGUGGGCAGAUGUCAGUGGUGGUGGCCCUGCUAGGUCCUAUCCUGUUGGUGGCCUCUGCUACUAUUUGUCUCCUCCAGAAUCCAUGGGUGCAAUAUUUGAGGAUCCUGUCCAUGUAAUAGUUUACAUAAUUUUUAUGUUGGGAUCCUGUGCGUUCUUCUCAAAAACUUGGAUUGAGGUAUCUGGAUCAUCAGCAAAAGAUGUUGCCAAGCAACUCAAAGAACAGCAAAUGGUGAUGAGAGGCCACAGGGAUACCUCAAUGGUUCAUGAGCUUAACAGGUAUAUCCCUACAGCAGCUGCAUUUGGUGGUUUGUGCAUUGGUGCCCUUUCAGUAUUAGCUGACUUCCUUGGAGCCAUUGGGUCAGGCACUGGCAUUCUGCUUGCAGUCACCAUUAUUUAUCAGUAUUUUGAAAUAUUUGUAAAAGAACAGGCUGAAGUUGGAGGAGUAGGUGCACUAUUUUUCUAGAUGUCCAAAUAUUUCAUGGUUUGUGUGAAAGAGAAAGUAUUUUGACAACAUGCAUCAUUUAGUCCAAUAACGCUAUUUUCCUUUUACUUGUUUUAAAGUGCUAUGUGCCCCAUUAUUGCAAUGGGCAUUGAGCAACGCCUGUGUGCAGCAUUAGUACCAGCUGCCUUAAGAAUAAAGUUUACAUUAUCUUGUUUAAGUA